AUGGCUUCACAAGGACAACAGUUCCCUCCUCAAAAACAGGCGGCACAACCUGGGAAAGAACAUCAUCCCAUGGAGUCCAGAUCCCACUUCACCAAACCCGACUACAAGCCCUCCAACAAACUCCAUGGCAUGGUGGCUUUGGUUACUGGUGGAGAUUCUGGAUUGGGAGAGCCGUUUGUCACUCUUUUGCAAUGGAGGGUGCGACCAAGACUAGUGAUUCUAAGGAUCCAUUGUCCAUACCCACGGAUUCAGGGUUUGAAGAAAGUGGUGGAUGAAAUGGUGAAGAUAGAGCCACAUCGCGAGGAAGGAGAGUUGGAGUUUAUGACAUCACUACCAAACUACUAG